AUGUCUUCAGACAACUACAGCUGGCUCAAAUAUACCGGUUUUGAUACGAUUCAUGGCUUAGUCCUUGAGGCCCAUCGCGUUGACCGAGCGCUCAACAAUGUCCGCCUUGCUAGAGCAAGAGAUGGACAUGAGAGAAGGCUGAGGAGGAUUCGAAAGGCUCUGAGUCUGAAUCAAUGUGGAGGAGACGAUCCCAGCCCUGCUGAGUCCAGCAAUGGCGACGGCAAUCAGCCAUCUAACCAAGAUACUUUGGAAGAAAGAGAAGAGGGAGAGGGAGAAGAUUAUAAUGGGAUAUCAUGUUUAAUCCAUGGGGAUAUUUCAGAUCAUGAUCUCUCGGAUGCCGAUUUUCAAUAUGACACAGAAUCUGAGAGCGAGGGUGUCUCAGACUCCUUUGCUUCCGAUGACGAGUUCACAGAUCGAGAUGACACAGGCAGCUUAGUUAUACAUGAUGUCAAGGAUAAGGGGACUGAUGGCGAUGAGGCAUGCGAGGGGGGGGGACUGGGAAGUUGA